CCCGCUGGACGAAAGCAAUGUCUACGCUGCCAGCUGGAGACGCUUUUAUGGCUACAUUUCUGAAUUAAAGACGUGGCGAAAUGUCUCUUUAGGGGAAGGGAACUGCAUUGCUUGGCUAUAUUUUAACUUCUUCUGGGUUCCCAACUCAAAUUCAAACAGGAAAGACGCGGACUGUCGUCUUCAUCACUUCUGCAAAAGUUCAGGCCCAGUCAUGACUGACAUGGAAAUUCAGACACUUUGCACAGAAAGUUACGGCUCUCGAUCGGCUCGGCGUUACCAGGCCCUCCCUAAUGGAAAGCUAAGCUCUGUGGCAGAUGCCUCUGAAGCCUGGCACUUUCGUUCACUCCAUCAUAUCUUCAUGUCCAUCUUCCUGCCCCAAGGUUAUCCUGAAAGCGUGAGCGCGGACUACCUCGCCUACCAGUUCUGGGACACCAUCCAGGCCUUUGCAAGCAGCAUCACAGGGACACUGGCCACCCAGGCAGUGCUGAAGGGGGUGGGGGUCGGGGAUGAGACCUCCACCGUCGCAGCUGCCACUGUCACUUGGAUUCUGAAAGAUGGAACAGGAAUGUUGGGCCGAAUCGCUUUCGCUUGGAGCAAGGGGAGCAAACUGGAUUGCGAUGCUAAGCAGUGGAGACUCUUUGCCGAUGUGCUCAACGACGUGGCCAUCUUCAUGGAGAUCGUAGCACCAGCUUUCCCAGCAUGCUUUACUCUCAUUGUCUGCACUAGUGGCUUUUUCAAGUGCAUUGUGGGUGUAGCCGGAGGGGCCACCCGUGCAGCUCUCACCAUGCACCAAGCCCGCCGGGACAACAUGGCGGAUGUAUCAGCCAAAGAUGGAAGCCAGGAGACCUUAGUGAAUUUAGCUGGCCUAGUCUUCAGCCUUUUCCUGAUUCCUCUUGUAGCGGACAAUCUUUCCCUCACCUAUGCCUUCUAUGCUCUCUUCACCGUCCUCCACCUCUAUGCCAACUAUCAAGCAGUGCGGGCAGUUUGCAUGGAGACUCUUAACCGCGCCCGGCUCUACCUGGUCCUGCAGCAUUACUUGAAGCGGGAAGAACUUCCUAGUCCUGCUGUCAUCAAUCCUCAGGAGCCCCUUCUGCUAGGGUUUCGGCAGCAGCUCAAGAUAACUCUUGGGGCUCCUCUUCACACAGUGACCUCCAGUGUUGCUGACUUCCAGAAAGCUCUUGAAGGCAACACUUCAAAUUACCUAAUUUUCUUCAACCAACCAGCAGGGGUAAUCUCUAUCAUACUCCAUCGGCAAGCAGACAGUGUUGAUGUGAUUAAAGCCUACACACACGCCCUUCUUCUAGAGGCCUUACUGCAUCAAGAUGUGGAAACCUGUACCUUGGAAAGAGGCUCCCUCCUGAGUUUGCAACAUCAGUUAUGUAAAGAAUCCAAUAAAGAAGAUCCCAGGAUACAUUCUGAAAUGCAUCAGUUCUUAGACAGGAUCUUCCCGAAAUUCCUGGCAGGACUGGCAGCCGCCGGAUGGAUAACUGAUCGGAACCUUCUGGGCCCUGAGGAGUGGCGGAUGGAAUGGCUCAGUGCUGAGAAGAAAAUGCUCUGAUUCUGGAAGAUUUUUUUUAUGCCAGCAACCUGAUUUAUUCAAUCCUAGAAAAGGAGGGGAUCGUGGUUUCCUUGGAGUUGUCUUUUACAAAGGCAACAGGUGAUUUCCUUAAUUGUAAAAUAAAGAUGAGGCACUGACAACAUGA